AUGCCCAUCGGCAGCGUCCCCCACGACGACCCUGAUGCGCCUAACAUCAGAAUGAACCCGUUCGCGGUGAUCGUGAUCAUGCUCACGUUCCUCGCUUUCAUGUUCAUUAUGUUUUCGAUAUCCUACACAUUUGGCCAUGUCAUUCCAACGCUAUGCAUGAUCGAGUCACCCGCAGCAAAGGCCUACAUGCCUGUCCAAGCAAGAGAUGGCGAUGCACCGCCACCAUACACUGGUGACGACGAAGAUCAGACGACCGACCCAGAGCUGCUGCUCGUGCAGAACCAGCCUCUCACCUCCUCCAUCCGAGCCACUCUCAAGCACCUCCGUGAGAAGGGCGGCUUCUGGUCACGCUUCCGCGGCUUGUCCGUCUUCCUUGUGUGGACAUUCACUCGCAGUCUGAUCACCAACAUCGUCGCCUCACCCUUCACCAUGUCGCCUGGCACGUACCCAUACGCGUUCGCGUUCGCCGCCGUCGUCGCCGAGACAAUGCUCGCACGUCUGCACCUCACAUGGGUUCACAUCGUAAUCUCCGACCCAUCCCCAAAGCCCUGGUACAAGCGCGUCCCGCCCUGGCGCACCUGGAAGCGCAUCGCGCCCUCCGUCUUCCUCCUCGCCGUCUGCACCCAACUCACGUUCACCUUGCCCCUCCUCCUCACGGGCACAUUCGGUUCCUUCAAGCGCCUCCGCUCCGACCCCAACUACGAACCCGGCACCGGCGACCUCUACAUAUCCGGCUCGCAAGCCUUCUUCGCCUACCUCGUCUUCUUGUUCCUCUUCGUCGCAUGCACUAUCCCUGCGCUGGUGACAAUGGUCCGCGUUGCGGCGUCGAUGUUGCCGGAGGAGGACGAGACGAUCGUGGAGUUUGAUCGCAGCUUUCAGGGACGGACUACGCCGGAGAUUCUGGGUGGGCAGGGGAAGAUUGGGAUCAAGGAGGCAUGGAAGAGUUUCCCACGGGCGAGUCGUGUCAGACUGCUCAAGCUGAUGGCCAAAGUCGCUGGGAUCAGCGUUUUGGCUUGGGCGGCGUUCGUGGUCGUGAUGGUGGUGGAGACGAGGGUGUUGUUGGGAGACAGUGUGGGGCAGUUUAUGAGGGCGAUUCAUGGUGGUGGUCGUUGA